AUGGAGGCACGAUUCUAUCUUGGUGUUUUGUCACUCGUAGCACUCUAUGGUGUAGCGAAUGGUAAGUUAAAUGGUUACUUUUUAAAAUUACUUUCAGCCGGAUGUUCUCGCCCAGUUGCCCAUGCAGGUUUAGUUCACUCAAUAAUGGUACACAUGUUCUUGAAUGAAGGUUACUAUGGUGUGAGCUAAUAGCUUAAGAGCAUGUACUUAUAUUCAAGAACAUGUACUUUUUCUGUGUUAUCACUCAUGAAGAUAUAUACAUGUUCGCAGAAGAUGUACUGCAUGCCGGUUCUUCUGCCUUAAUCAUCUGAUGUUGUACAGAACUCACUGUUAAGUGUGGUUAGAUCAUAUAAAGUCAAUACAGAGGUAGUGCAUUAGUGUUCUUGAAUGUAAGAUGCCUUAAUCAUUAGUCUGAUAUACCGAUCAGCGGUCUGAUAUUGUACAGAACUCAAUGCUGAUCAUUAAAUAUGGUUAGAUCAUACCGACUAUAGUACAUGUUCACAAAUGAUGAAAUGAUGGACAGUUGUAAAUGCCAGACGUGUGUUCCUAGGUUAUCAAUGCAAUGAACGUCCACGGAAACUUGGCUGCUUUCAGGACUCGCAAAAGAACAGAUUGAUGACGUAUGCACACAGUGUGAAAAUGAAAAGUUCAGAUUGGUUGGGGGACAAAUGGAAUGAACAUUUGGACAAACUUCUCUGCAAGUAAGUUUGGAAAGGAAUUCAACUUCUCACUCUGAUAACUGCAAGUUGACUACCAUCUAGUGCAUGAUAAAUUAUUGAUAAUUCUUACAGUCAAUCCCUGAGACAUAACCCAGCUCUGUCUAUAUUAAGGUGUUCUGAAGAAGCUAAAAAGAGAGGUAACUUGUAUUUUGGUGUACAACAUUACUACGAGUGUUGGGUUGGCAAUCUCAAUAAUAUUGACGUUGAAACUCGACGCCUACAUGACAAAUCAAAAUGUUGGUCGAAAAAUCCUGAACCUUUUACAUGCAACGUGAACGACCAAGUUUGUGUGGGAGCGGCAUUGACUAUGGUUAUUUAUGAAGUCACGUGUACGUAUUCCAGUGUCAUGUUCAUUUUUGUGUAAAAUAUCUUUUAUAUUGCUUUUUCUGUGUUGUUAAUGUUAUGUAUUCAGGUGAAUAUGAUGUUUGUAAUGUUACUCUGAGUGUAUAUCCACACCGAACAAGCUUGAAAAAUAUGCCUGGCCACGGUGGGAAUCGAACCUACUUACCUACGACCUUUGGAAUACUAGCCCAAUGCUCUGCCAACUGAGCUACGCAGUCAGGUCGGUUCGAGUAUUACUAUUAUUACUCGUAUUACUAGAUUGCAUUGAUAUCGAAGGGACUAGACUCAAUUCCGAAAUAUCACAUACUCGAACCGACCAGACCGCGUAGCUCAGUUGGCAGAGCAUUGGGCUAGCAUUCUAAAGGUCGUAGGUUCGAUUCCCACCGUGGCCAGGCAUGUUUUUCAAGCUUGUCCGGUGUGGAUAUACACUCAGAGUAACAUCACAAACAUCUUUUAUAUCGUUUCUUCUUUUUUCAUUAGAUUCUUCAUAUGUUAUUCCAGACACUAAAGGUAAUUAGUAAUUCCUGUUUAUAUUUUACUCUAUUUUGUUUUACUCUCUAUUUCCUCAAUUAACAAAGAUGACUUUCAAAUUUGACUUCCACUACCGCUACCUCUCACUGCCUUAGCACGCAUCUGAUUGGUUAAUCGGAUAUAUCAAACGCAUCUGAUUGGUUAAUACUCCCUUAUCUUUUAUCUUAAACAGAGCCGACGAUUAAGGUGAUGACCGUACCAAAGAAAGGCAAUAGACCUCCUCCGUUUAUUCCAGGUACAAUACGAUUACACGGCAAAUGUUUACAUUGAUAGGAACACGGAAAUUGAAUUGUAUAUAGUCCAUUUUAUCUUUUGAAUUUUGGUCACCAAAUGCAAGCCUACUACCAACCUCGUUCCCAGGGCCUACUACAUAUAAACAGCAUGAGCGGCCAUGUUGUAUUAGAUAUACAAGCGAGAAGAUUGUAAGAAAUUAUUCAAUUAAAAUUGAUUAUAAAUGAGAAAAUCGAGGCAAACGUUUAUGCAAAUCAAGAGAAUUUGGGACAUGUGGAUAUAAUUUCACUAAUUUCCCAGAACUUUUUUAUAUGAAAUCCCAGUCCCUCUGUGAAAUUGAAAGAAAAUCCCAGAGCAGGUGGUUCAUCUGUGUGAUUACUUUUAAACACAAUUCUGCUUUCAAUUGCCCUCUUUAGAACUAGUUUUGCCGAUGAAAAGGUACAUGAGUGACUUACGAUAGCAGAAAAAUGAUCUCAUUGAGCUAUUAGUCGGUUAAAUUCAACAUUCCUGGACGUUUUUAUACAAAUUCUCUAUCAAAAAUUUCUCUGCAGCUGUUCUUAAAGUUAUUUCACUCUGAACUGUCCAACUACAACUGUCUUUAUAAUGGGAUUUGGGUUUUCCCAUUUUUGUGUCUUUCAUUCCCAGUUCCCAAAUCUCAUUUUCCUGGUCCAAAAAUACGCAAAUCCCAGUUCCCACUUACCCCUUCAGGUCCUUCUAUAUAAAAUGAGUUUUACAAGUGUUGAUGAUAGUGCUUAUUGUGUUUUGUUUUUCUUUCAGUACCUCCACAUUUGGGUGGUCGCUAGACAGUAGAGUUCAAAACUAGACGAAAAACCUUGGAUAUAAACCAAACUAUCUUCAAUAUGUUUAAGGCCGCAAAACUUUAUGAUAGAUUAUAGUAUAUACAGAGAUUUGUAGUACAAAGAAAACAUGCAAUAAAUAUUAUAGAGUAGAUAUUGUAUGCAAGCAGUGAUUUUAAAACAAUACUGUAAUAUAAAGUCGAAAAAGUAUGGGAAAGGUUUUUCCUAGACUUCCUAUAAUAGUCUCAUUAAUUAACUUUUGAUGAAUCACCAAUGCAUUGCACUCAGACUCAGCAGGACUCUUCCUGGCAAGAACACUGCAUAGCCACUCCUUGGAACUUAUGUAGCGACUCUAUGUAGAGGUUUUUCUCCCGGCCCUUUCUCUUGCACAUCCAUCUUAUUUUCCGAAAUGCAUAUUAUCCUGAUUCCAAUUAACCAACAAAAAGCAUGUUUAGAGAAGAAAGAUGAUUGAUUUGACAAACAGAUUUUUGAAUCAGUCAUUUUAAUUAAAAUUUUUUUGUGAUGGGACUUUCCCUCGUAUUGUUUUGCGUCAGACAUUACGCAUUCCUUGUCGCCGCCAUCUUUGUUUUGUGAUAUUGCUUCACUUCCGGAGAACGCGUGCGAUUGGUCAAUUGGUCGUCAUUCUUGAUUUUGAUUGGUUGGUUUAGUAGGAAGAUCAGCUACCACGACAAUGGAAUUGUAAACAUUGAUUGUGAACAGUGUAAAAUGGACAAAUUUGAAAGCGAAACUGCGUAUUAAAUAUCCUUUACAAGAACGCUAUUUCUUGGAAGCAGCCAGACGCGGUUUUUUAAAUGCAAAUUAUAAAUGAAUGCUCCAAAAACAACAAAACGGUUGCGUACUGCGUAAUGUAUUAAAGAAGAACUUGGUCCAAGCCUUGAAUAUAUAUUUAGGACGGUAGUUUGUUCCUGUUUCUUUGUUCAUAAAGCCAUAUUGAAAAUACGUACAAGACAUUUACUGUUCCUGGGAUUAAGGUAAGUACAAAUAGGAUGUAUAGAUGCUAUAAUACAGUGCAAUUUUAACACAAAUAUUUUUAUAUAUAAAAAAAACAAAUGUCCUGUUGAUUUUAUGAUAGACAGUCAAUAAUUUUGAUAUUUUCGUCUUUUUCGAUUGCCUAUGAUUUAAAUUUGAUGUCUUGACAGUGCUUGGGUGUUCAGUGUUCUCAAUAUUAAUAGAAAAGGUUUAUACUUACAAAUAGUAAAAUAAAGUAAUGGAUAGAUAGCAUGCCAAUGAUGCCAUCAUGGGUUAAAAGGAAACCUCACGUGAAUCGUAUAGCUUUCAUAUCGCUGUCAAUUUUUUGUUUAUAUAGAAAUCAGAAAUAUAGAUAGGCCAAAUUUCAGCUGAUAUGAAGACAGUUUCUCUGCAGGAGUAUAUUAUAUGCAAUGUCAAUGAAUUAUGCAUGUUUGCAACAAAUUAUCGGUUAGCACUAUUUUCCAUCUAGACAGCAUACCGCCCUAUCGAUUUUCUAAAGUCGUUUCUUUUGGAUUUUUUUAUUAAUUCGGUUAGAGUUAGUGUUGCAGUUAGGGCUAGGGGUUAGAGUAGUAGGGGUAUGGUUUGGGUUAGUUAGUAUAGCCAUUCGACACAAUUUCCAUCUUCCGAAAAUGACGUCAGGUCAGUUUGUUGGAUGGAAAAUAGUGCUAACCCAAAUUAUCAUGGGAGUUCACAUAGCAUUUUUUGAAAGGUAGACAUUCUAAAGCAUCAAUGAAUUAAGUCCUAAGGCAGUACCCUCCCCCCCCCCCUUAGCUGUAUGACCACCCAGAUUAGUCAACAUUUACAUCUGAUCCUUCCCCUCCCUCCCCCCAUCCUCCUCCCCCCUCCUCAUUCAGUUUCACUGGUCAUGACUUCGGCAUCUGUGUAUUGAGGUUAGAGUAGUAGGGGUAUGGUUUGGGUUAGUUACAUAUAGCCAUUCAACACAAUUUCCAUCUUCCGAAAAUGACGUCAGGUCAGUUUGUUGGAUGGAAAAUAGUGCUAACCAGGGAUGGAUCCAGCAUGGUCUUUUAGGGGGGGUGCUCUGCCAGGAAAGCUUCAACCUUCCCCCCCCCAUCGACAACUUUUUAGGGAAAAAAAAUUUUCCGGACGAGUACGUUGCAAUUGCUUUCCAGUGACUUUACACAUCCAUCAACUUGCUUAACCACUGCAAAGUCUAGCUACAGUAUUUGAAUUGUAAUUGUUGUUCACAGUUCGCUUAUCAUCAUGUUAUUACUCAAAUUACUGAAUCUCAUUUUGUCUCUGAUAAUUUUUUGCUUUAUCAUGAAAAAUAGCACCCCCCCUGCACCCCUCCUGGCCAGGGCUAGGGGGGGGUGUGCACCCCCCCGCACCCCCCCCAGUAAAUCCAUCCCUGGUGCUAACCCAAAUUAUCAUGGGAGUUCACAUAGCAUUUUUUGAAAGGUAGACAUUCUAAAGCAUCAAUGAAUUAAGUCCUAAGGCAGUACCCCUUAGCUGUAUGACCACCCAGAUUAGUCUACAUUUACAUUUGAUCCUUCCCCCUUCCUCCUCCUCCUCCCCCCUCCUCAUUCAGUUUCACUGGUCAUGACUUGGGCAUCUGUGUACUGAGAAAAUGCAUGGUUAUGCUAGGUUAGUGUAAAUGUGUAAAACGUCAAAGCAAAUUUCCCAACAGCUUGCUUAUAAGUUAGAAAAAUUUUUCAAGAAAAUCAUAUCUUGCUGAAUAAAAGUUUUAUUUGCCAAGGCUAUAACACAAACCAGUGUGCAGAAAUCCGCAAACCAAAAUGGGGUUAAAUUUAACCCAGGGUUAAUGCUAGCUAUUAUCCAGCUUUGAACAACCAGCCUUAGUAUUUCUCUGUUUUCUAAAUUCUGUAGGUAGUUGCUGCAAUAUAUUAGCCAAACCUGGUAAUAACAGAAGACAUUAUGAACCACUUUGAGGUAUUUAUUACUAACAGUAUUUCUGAAGACACCAUGAUGGACUGUGACUGUAUGACUACAGCAUAUAUAAGUCUGUGUGGUCAUACAGCCAUAAAAGAUGUUUUCAUAAUAUGCCAUUUUCUUUACAAAUUUUGUAUAUUUGUACUUGACAAUACCUCGACUUUUCUAGCUUUUUGAGAAAGUAACUGGACGAGUUUCAUUGAAAACAGGAAAAAUUCUUGAAGCAGAACUCAAGAAAGCUUGCCAAAAAACUGGGGCCCAAUACCAUGAAGCCGCUGACGAGGUUUUGAUCUCGGGGACCUGGGAACAAGUGUCGGAAACCAGACGAAUUAUCCGCAAUGUAAUUGAGGAAGACAGCACUAGACGCGGAAGCACUAGUUCAUCCGAUAAUAGUGAAAGCAUAAGUUCUAAGCCUGGUAGAGCUACCUAUGAUAUUACACCACCAAUAGCAAAGUAUAUGAAGAGCUUCCAUGACAGUGACUUGAAGAAUUUGGAGCAAAAAUACCAAGUUAAGAUUAGUUGGUCUAAAGACCACACAAAAGUUCACAUUAAAACUCAUUCAAGCACAAACUACAAUAGUGAUUUAUUUAAUACUGCUUGUGAUCAGUUUGCAGCAAUGUAUCGCCACUUCCAUAAUAAUAUUACAAGCCUUUCCAUUAAUGUUAACCAAGAUGGAGCAGGUUAUAAUAAGGAGCUUUUGAAAAUGGCAUUAAAUGCCACACCUCGGCAUGUUUCUGACUUAAUCUUGGAGAUAUCUGCAGAUGGUAGUACAUACAUCUUAUGGGGCACAGGUCAAUCACUCAGUCAGGCUAAGCUGUGGAUUCGUGAGCAGAUUGGUGUAGAAAGGCCAAGAUGUAUAUCACCUAAAGGUCCGUCCAAAGACGCAUUGACACAUGAAACUACAAACAAACUAAAGGUUGUAGUUUACCAAGGUGAUUUAACCAAAGAAAAUGCAGAUAUUAUAGUGAAUGCAUGUAAUGAACACCUUGACCAUGCGGGUGGGGUGAGCUUUGCAAUAUCUAAGGCAGGAGGGCUUUCUGUUCAAAGAGAUUCAGACGACUACGUGCGUAAACAUGGGGCUUUGGGAACAGGUGAUGUUGCUGUAACCAAAGCAGGGUUUCUCCAUUGCAAGUACAUUGUUCAUGCAGUUGGUCCACGGUGGAAGAGAGAUGGUAGAGAUGGUUGUUUGAAGUUGUUUCGGGCUGUUUUUAUGAAUGUGUACAAAGCUGCAAUAAAGCAUGGAGCAAAGUCUAUGGCUAUGCCUGCAAUCAGUUCUGGGAUCUAUGGAGUCCCCAAGGAGGUCUGUGCACAAGCUACGUUCUCCUUUGUUGAUGAAGUUGAUCAGAAAUUAGCGUCAGACCCCAGUGCAAGGCCAUUUGAAAUUCGCUUAGUGAAUAUAGACGGUGAAAUAGCAAAAACAUUCACCCAGGAGCUCAACAAGUGGAUGCUCAAAGGACGAAAGUUACAAAGAAGACACAGUUUUAGUUCACCUAAGAAAGAAAAGGAAAAGCCAGUUGAAACGAAGACUGUAGAUGACAUGCAUAUAACGCCUAGAUUGAAAGCUUCCCUGGUUGCUGCCCGUAAACCUCUACAAAAUUCUGGGAAAGAUGGUCGGAGUUUGGACGCCACCUCGAUGAAAUCAAGGAUCAAACAUGGAUCCGGUUGGAUUGGUGUGGAUAGCACCUCUACAACACCCACCAUCAACCAUGGAUCAACCCCAGCCAUCUCUACAACACCCACCAUCAACCAUGGAUCAACCCCAGCCAUCUCUACAACAUCCACCAUCAACCAUGGAUCAGCCCCAGCCAUCUCUACAACAUCCAGUAGCAAAGUGAAGAUAAUAACGACCGGUGCUUUCGCAUCCUCAAAUCCUAAUGAUCCCACAUCAUCAACUUCCUCUGCCACUAACCAAUCAAAAUUCAAUUCCUUUGGCUCCACCACGCACACAUCCACCACAGGCAACCCCAGUCAUUAUGGAGGAGUUGUGUCCACAAGCGAAUCUUCAUCCCUAAGUAAACAUGAUAAGUCUGGUUCAACAACUACCGUUCGAUAUGACCAAAAUGGCAUUGGCUCACACUCUUCACAUUCAGGUGGGUACUUGUAGGUUAUUGUUUUAUGAAAUUUGUAUACAAUAAAAUCUUCUACCAUCCUGGCCUAGAAAAUAUAUUUCUCUUACUGGCAGCAAAAUUACAUGUGUAAGUCAAGUAUAAGGUUCAUGCAUAUAUGUAGAUUUCGGAAAACGUAUGAUCGCGCACAUGUGAUAAGCUUCAAUCCCAGUUCAAGAUAAUUUCAAUUUGCAAAAUGCUUUUCGAAUUUUUAAUUUGGCAUUCUAGUAUACAAGAUAACAAAAAUUUUUAUGCGAAGAUCUAAGAAAAUGUCCUGCGCAGUUUUUUAAAAUUUCCUGGCAGCUGUGAUUCUGGCACUGUCGGACAUUUUCCAGGACUGCUACCAUCAGAGAAACUUCUUCUGAUCUACUUUAGCCCAAUUUACCCCUUAUUCCCCCAUAUGAUCAUCUGUCGUAGGGUAAACACAUGACGAACUGGCGAGAAUAGCAUGAUCAAUACUGGCUAGAAUCCUGAAAAACCUUCCAUCUUGGUUUUGUUAUAAAAAUCCAGUCAGUUUCUCGAAUUGCUCAUUUCUACGAUACGACUAGUCGGAUACGAUUGUCAUUCUGGCGUAUGAAAACGACUCUGGCGUAAUUUGAGAUGUGACAUCUUUACAUGCAUUUAUUCAAGUACAUAUGCCAGGAUAAGAAUCGUAUACGACUAUGGUCGUAUCGUGUAAGAUGGGCCUGAAUAGUAUUUCAAAUUCCACAGUAGGACCGUAUUACUGGCAUGUAGUAAAACACUGACUACCGGAACACCACCGGAACACCGGAACACCACCUAACCCUAACCCUAACCCCUAACCGCAAACAAAAUGGUGGUGUUCCGGUGGUGUUCCGGUGUUCCGGUAGUCCGUGUUUUACUACAUGCCCCGUAUUACUGACAGUAUGAUAAGCCAAGGAAAAAUUGAAACCUCUGUAUUAACUGUUUAUUUCCAAUAUUCAACAUUUUAGGUGACAACUGCACCAUAUGCUACUGCCCUUGCACAGAUCCAGUGUCCUUGCCAAAAUGUGGUCAUACAUUCUGUAAGUCUUGUAUCGAGAGAGCUUUCACUUAUCAAAAGAAAUGCCCAAUAUGUCAACAAGUGUAUGGUGCUUGUGAGGGUGACCAACCAGAUGGUACUAUGAAUAUCCAAUUUUCCCACAAAUGUGUGCCUGGUUACGAAGGGUAUGGUUGUUACGUCAUAACCUACGUCAUCCCGAACGGUCGUCAAGGCAUCAGACACCCUAAGCCGGGCCACAAAUAUGCGGGCACGAAACGUCAGGCGUUUUUACCCGCGACUAAAGAGGGUGAAGUUGUAUUAAAAAUGCUGCAAAAAGCGUUUGAUAUGAAAUUAAUUUUCACAGUUGGAAAGUCGAACACAACUGGACAAGAGGAUUGUGUGACAUGGAAUGAUAUUCAUCAUAAAACUAACCCUAGUGGUGGACCGCAGAAGUGAGUCACGCUUCUCUUUUUAGUCUUCAAUCUCUGAAAUGGUAUAUAUAUAAAUGAGUUCAAAAUGAGAGUCAGUUUUACUUAGCUUUAACGUGCAGCAAAUGGUGGCCAACCAGCAGUUAUCACAAUGAGAAAAUGAUGUCUUGUGAAUAGAAUUGUGAAUAAAGCUUAAUCAGUAGAAUUGAGAUUUCUUGCUUCUAUAUAAAGUAGUAAGACUAGUAACAGUUCUGAAGUUGAGCACCAUCUGCUAUCUUGUAACACUGACCUAUCAUUUUUAUCCCUUGGCGUUAUUUGAUUUGCAAACAAUCAACAGCUAUUUUGUUUUUUCUUCAGCUUUGGUUAUCCAGAUCCAGACUAUCUGAGAAGAGUGAAAGACGAGUUGAAAGCCAAGGGAAUUGUUCCCGAGUAGGAGAACAGACGAUGCCGGUUGUCUAUAAAACUGGAGUGAUCUUGCACUGGAUAUAUAUAGCUCUUAAAUAGGCCAGAUGAUCUUGAUACGCGGAAAAGUACUGGCACUAGUUGUCAAAUAGAAAUCCAUUUCAUGAUUAAAACAACUGAAUAUCUCCAUUAAUAUACUUUAUUUCGAUUACAUAUUUUUGUCAGAGCUAGAGUUCUCAUAACCAAACAUAAUUACAAAAUUUCAAAUAGUUUCAUAAAGAAUAACGAAAGAUAUAAUUGACUGAAUACAUCAAAAUGGAUUUCUAUUCGGACAACCCUUUCUGAGCGCUGAUUGGCUAAAAUACGAACACGAGAUCACCUGGUAUGCAUGUAAAGCUGAUUUACACUGCACACUGAACUUUUGCCUAAAACUGUCGCAACCUGCUUACAACUUGAGUUAUACUGUGUAAAUCAAGCCUACAACUCAACUACGACAACGUGGAUGAGUUAUAUGCUUGAUUUCCACAGUACAACUCAAGUUGUAAGCAGGUUGCAUGUGACAGUUUUAGGCAAAAGUUGUGUAGUGUAAAUUGGUCUUAAUGAUCCUGAGUUAAAAUUUACCAUCGGUAUUAUUUGAUGAAAGUGCAAUGAAUCGAAUAUAUUAUUUCUUCCAUAAUAUUGCCGGUCCACACCACUGUUCAUCUUGCACAACAUUCGCGUUCCAGUUAUGUUCCACAACCAGUUCGAUUGUUCGAACGCAAUUGGAACGCGUUGCAGCCGCGAGUUUCUAUAAACAUUUGUAAGAUUUAAAGUGGGGACAUUUAAGCCUGGUUUUUACUAUCAAAGUUUCUGUGAUCACAGUAGGAAUUUUUCAUCGGUACAUUCUAAGUCUUGAAAGAUUUGUAUGAAAUAUUCGAGGGAACUGACUCAUUGUCUAACACUGAGACAGUUCUCUCAAACAUUUCUUACAAGUCCUUUAAAACUUAGAAUUUACCUGUGCAAAAUUCCUACUGUGAUCACAGAAACUUUCAUAGUGUAAACCAGGCUUAAGAUUUAAAGUAGUAACAUUUGUCAUUUAGACACCUAAUUUAAAUAACUUUUUAAUCGCACAGUAUAUAUAUGUAAAGUAUGUGGGAUAUGAAAUGGGAUAUGUAUGUGUUUGUUUCUGAAAUGAUAGAAUUAUUUGCAUUGUGUGUACUCUCUCACUGACACGUAUAUAUGUCUCGCGUUACAGUAAAAUACGAGUAUCACCAUGAGACACAAGGCUGAUUAAUGUUUGAUAUUGCUAAAAAAGAGUUAAUAAUAAAGUCAAAAUGUCACAGUGUUUACCUCAUGAAAUUUUAUCCGUCGUUCCAAUAUCACGAUUACUUGGAAUUUCUUAGUGGUCUAUUUCCUGUUUCUUACUUUCGUUUUCUGAAGACGAAGUUGGUUCAUGUUUAUAAAGCAACGAUAACUGCUACCACGAAACUCAUAUUGCUACUUUCUGCCCCGUCAUAAUGCAAGGUUAGUAAUGCCACACAUUUUUUAGCCAAGGGUAAUGCCAAAAACUUGGAAUUGCAAAAUUAUAUUUAUUUUGGUAAGGAAUGCAUGUGCUUUAACACACUACUUAAUUAAAUGACUCACUUAACUUUGCUUUUGUCAAUGACAAUGUGACAACUUCUACCAACAGUCUUACCUCAGUUGGCAGACUAUGUAACUCAAUGAAUUCAAUGACAAUGGGCACAGUGGUAUAGUCACCGAAAUUGUACAGGAGACUUGUCGAUUCCUAUUAAUCGUUGUAUAGUCUAUAUAUUUUUUAUAUGUUAAUACAUAUUUUAUUUCGUUAACACAGUGCCUUGAUAUACCCUAAUUCAAGAACCGUCUGAAAAUAUUUUCUAUGAUAUUUUCAUUUAAACAUUUUAGGUAAAGAGUGUUUGGAGUGUCCAAUAUGCCGGUACCCAUUCACAGAUGCAACGUCUUUGCCAAAAUGUGGUCAUAGGUUUUGCAAGUCAUGUAUCGACAAAGCAUUCACAUAUCAAAAGAAAUGCCCAAUAUGUCAACAGGUGUAUGGGAUCACUAAGGGGAGCCAACCUAGCGGUACAAUGACUGUUCAGCGGUCACCACAAAAUUUGCCAGGUUACGAAGGACAUGGUUGUCACAUCAUAACCUACGCCAUACCAAGUGGUCGUCAAGACAACCGGCAUCCCAGACCUGGUCAGGCAUUUUCAGGCACCACACGUCAGGCGUAUUUACCUGCAAAUAGAGAGGGUGAUGUUGUACUACGCAUGCUGAGGAAGGCGUUUGAUAAUAACUUGACAUUUACCGUAGGAAGGUCCUACACAACCGGGCAGGAUAAUGUUGUCACGUGGAAUGACAUUCAUCAUAAAACUAGCAUUACUGGAGGACCACAGGGGUGAGUGUCAAGUAGGAGGGUGAAAGAAUAAAGUAGGGGGGGAGGGAGAACGGGUGGAUGGAUAUGGAAAGGCAUGGUUGCGUAAAUUACCAGUUUGAUAUGGAUGUAUAAGCACCCUUACUUUCUUGAUAUGGAUUUUUUAAUUCUGCAUGUUUGAAAAGAUUCAACUCAAAGCUGACUGAACCACUGGUUGUAUUUUUUAACUGUGUAUACUUUUAGACCAAUGACAAUUUACCGACAAAUGAAUUGCUUAUACUGAUCGUAUUUCUAUUUGUAGUUUUGGUUAUCCAGAUUCAGACUACUUGAACAGAGUGAAAGAUGAGUUGAAAGCCAAGGGAAUUUUUCCUGAGUAA